UAAGCAUAAAAUUAGUAUUAUAUAUGCAAUUAAACCAUAAAGUAAUCAAAAUUAUUUAGUCAAAUCUUUAUAAUUAAACCUUUUUAUGACAUUUGAAAAUGACCAAAUUGCCUUUUAGCGGCUUUCCCCACACACACUCCCAUACCUUGUAACUGCAUAUUCUGCCAUUGGCUCUCUCAAAUAUAUUCCCCAUUUCUCUAAAAUAAUUUUUACUCAAAUUAAUAAAUUUAUUUUCUUCCCUUUUUUUUUCGUCACAUAUAAUUGCAACAUUUAGAUCUCCGCCUUUCUACCAAAUUCUUAUUGCUUAUUCUACAAGAGGGUACUGACAGAAACAAGGAGGAGCACAAAUAAGUUUCUCUAAUCUUAAUUAAUUUAUUUAAUUUUAUCAAAUUUAUGCCCUUUAUUUUGCUUUUUCUAUAAUUUUAUUUGGUGGGUGUUUGAGAUUCUGUCUGUUUUGUUGUGAUUAUUAGUGAUUUGGGUUUCUUAUAUAUGGAAUUUCUGUGAAUUUUAUAAUUAUCUAUUUGGGUUUUUAGCUAGAAUAAGGGUUUUAGGGGUUAAAGUUAGGAUCUUGAAUUUUUGGGUGUGUUUUAUGUUUGCAACAUUGGUUUUGAUAAAUGGGUUUUAGCCUUUGAAAAGAUAGGUUGAAAGUGUUGAACAAAGGUUAAUGUUUGGUGAAAUUGAUGGAUAAUAAUUUGUCAUUAGCAAAUAUGAUGCCUGGUGGUGGUGGUUCUGUUUAUGGGGGUUCUGAAUUGCAAGGAUCAAUGAGGGUUAACCACCAUCAGAACCCUAGAACCUUGCAGCCUGGUCAAGGCUUGAUGAACCACCCGUCGUUGUUGCACGAAAUUUUGCCUUUGAAAAUGGGACAAUGUCAUAGUUGUGAUCAACCAAAUUCUAUUGCUGAUUAUAAUAAAGGGGAAAGGGUGAAAAAUUCACAAACGGACGAAGAGGAUCAUAGUUCUAAUGGGGAGGGAAUGGAUGGACAAAGUGAUCUUAGUAAGGGAAAGAAUGUGCCUCAAUGGCAUCGCGUAAAAUGGAACAAUUCGAUGGUUAAGCUUUUGAUUACUGCUAUUUCUUACCUAAGUGAAGAUGCAUUCUUUGAGGGUUCUCAAGGAAGAAGGAAAUAUUUGACUUUGCAUAAGAAGGGUAAGUGGAAAUCGAUUUCAAAAGUGAUGGCUGAGAGGGGUUUUUUUGUAUCACCCCAGCAGUGUGAGGAUAAAUUCAAUGACCUGAAUAAGAGAUAUAAAAAACUCAAUGAAAUUCUUGGUAAGGGCACUUCUUGUCAGGUUGUUGAGAAACCAGCUAUUUUAGACAUGAUGGAUCACAUUUCUGAGAAAUCAAAAGAGGAGGUUAGGAAAAUUCUGAGCUCGAAGCACUUGUUUUAUGAAGAGUUGUGUUCAUAUCAUAACAAUAAUCGACUGCAUCUACCCCCUGAUCCAGCACUUCAGCAGUCUUUGCAGUUGGCAUUGAGAAGUAGAGAUGAUAAUGACGUUGAUUUAAAAAGGCAUCCACAUGAUGAUGCUGUCGAGGAUGAUGAUGGUGCAGAUAGUGAUGAUCAUGAAGAUUAUGGAGAAAAUUAUAACAAGGCGGCAUAUGCUCUCUCUGGAGACCCUUCAAAACGAAUGAAACAAGGCCUAAGUCUAGAGAAUUUCAAUUUUAGGCCUCAAUCUACUCAGGACUUCAGCAAGGGUUUCCAAUUGCAACCACAAAAUCCGUGUGUUGAUAUGCAUGCACCUUUACCUGAAAGUCAGAAAGCAGCUUUAUUGCAGAAUCAAUGGUUGAAAUCACAAGCACUUCAAUUGGAAGAGCAGAAGAUACAUAUUGAGUCAGAAGCACUGCAGUUGGAGAAACAGCGGCUCAAGUGGCAGCGGUUCUGUAAGAGAAAAGAUCGAGAGCUGGAAAAACUCAAGAUGGAGAAUGAUAGGAUGAAGCUUGAAAAUGAUCGUAUAGCAUUAGAAUUGAAGCGCAUGGAAAUGAGCACCAGUUCUAAGAACUAAUUUUUUUGUUGAGAAAUUUUCUAUUGACUAGAAAUAUGGUGUAGCACAUCUCUUUUGGUCAGGCAUCUUGGACUGCAGACAUUCUGUUAUUGCUAAGAGCUUAACCUGACUAGAGGAUAAUUGCAGUGCCUUUAUCAAGUAUCUGUGUACUUAAUGGUACUAGCUUGCUACAUAAUGUUUUCCAUUUGCCAUUGCAUCUUUCUUUUAAUUUUUGGGUGAGAGGUGUUCUAACAUGUGUAUAUUGUGCUAACAUGAAUAUAUCCUUUCUCUCACACUGAUGUCUUGGUUUAUCA